CGCCCCGCCCCGGCCGCGCCGCGCUUCCCGCCCCGCCCCGGCCUCACAGGAACAGACCCCUGGGCCGCGCCGCGCUCCUUCCUCCUCCUCCUCCUCCUCCUCGCGGGCAGUCGCAACGCACAGCCCGGGGAGGAGACGCAGUUUCAGCCCAUGCUGCUCUCGCAGAAGGUCGGCCGGGCGCUUUUCGGCGCCGGAGGGGUCUGUGCGCAGAGCUCGCCGGCUGCCCGUGGCGGAGGGACGGCCAGCGCUCGGUGCCCGCAGGGGAACACGAGCUCGCGCCCGAUCCAGGCGAGCGGCAAAGAUCUACCAUCCGCCAUGGAAUCAAGGCUUGUUCCAAAAGUCACUUUUAAAAAUGGAGAGUUCCAGUGCAAGGUGGUGCAUGCGGUUCUGCAUAGCCCUGUGGGAAAAAUAGAAAUCUUCGGGUGUGAAGCAGGCUUGCACGAAAUAAAGCUUCAAAAACUGAAUGUGCUACCAAAUAGCACCGCCGAGGCCCGGGUGACGUGUGAGAUUGGCAACGGCCCCGCGGUGCUGCCGGUGCCGCUGGAGCAGUGCGUGGCCUGGCUGCGUGCCUACUUCUGCGAGCCGGCGCUGAUAGCCACGCUGCCCCUGCCCGCCUUCCACCACCCGCUCCUGCAGCAAGCCUCGUUCACCGGACAAGUGCUGUGGACGCUGCUGAGGGACGUGAAAUUUGGGGAGGCCGUUUCGUACAAGCAGCUGGCAGCGCUGGCGGGCAACGGCAAGGCGGCGAGGGCCGUGGGAGGAGCGAUGCGGAGCAAUCCCAUGGCGAUCAUCAUCCCGUGCCACAGGGUGAUCCGCAGCAGCGGGGAGACCGGCAACUACGGAGGCGGCAAGCUUGUGAAGGAGUGGCUGCUGUCGCACGAGAAGCUCCAUAAGGCCAAGCUGGGCUGCUGAUGACCCGGCACCAGAGAGCCUCGCCUUGCAGCCAGCUCUCCGCGCGCGCAGUAGAGUUUAGAGACACGGUAAAUAUUUGAGUGACAUACAAAUAUAAUGCAGCCUCCGAAGUGGAAUGCGUGGUGGCACCGCUGUAUGAAGCCAGCCGGCUGGGUCCUGGGGGACGCAGCUCGUGUGCCCUGCCUUGUUUUUACAUUUUACAGCAGAAUGACUACAGCGGUCUAGGCCUGUCGUGCAUGUAUUUUGUUCCCAUCUCCAGUGCUGUUUUGUUCUAUUUUUAAUGUCCAUUAAAGCAAGGAUAAGGGAGUGGGAGGGACGUGGCAAGUGCUAGGUGCACGCGUCCCUCUGAGGAUGCAGCUGGCUCGCUGAGGGCCAGCGGGAGCCGACGCAUUAUAGCGAAAGCAGUUAGGUUACCUGAAGUUGCGCAGAAUAUUGCAAAAAAUCGUCUUAGUUGCAUCUUUGUGUCAGCAGUACUUUUCCUUUUAUCGUUUGAUUUGCUUCGGAUUUUUGCUUUUCUCUGUUCUGGGAAGCUUUAUUUCCCGUAGCCUCUCGGUGGAAAGGCUUGCACUGCUCGAGGUGUUAGAGCUAAAUUUUCUGAUGGUUUAAAGAGGGCCCUCGGAAAGGGCGAGCCAGCAGAAGCUGAAACUUUCAGUAUGGGAAUCGUAAAUCCUAACAUGGAAAUGCUGAUUUUUAUGUGGUUUAUCAUAUUUUCAUAGAUGUCUCUUUAGAAAGGCUGCUGCUAGCCCAGAAAUUACUGCGUGCCGACGUGUUAGUUAAUACAGUUGUAUUGAUAUCGUACAAUUACUUCAAUAAAAAAACUGCUUUGCAUAUACAA